AUGACUGACACGGCUAUUCAGAUCUUAGAACUUCCGGAUGAGCUACGCGACCUUGUCCUGGGCUAUGUGGCCCCGUCGGACCUCCGCAACGUAUGCCUUGCCGGCCGCUCCAUCUACUCGGCCGCUGCAGCCUUCCUCUGGAAACAUGUCGUCUUAGUAGACGACUGGACACUGUAUUCUGGACCCCCAGAUUAUCAGAAAUGGGGGGAGCGCGGUUGCGGUGAUCCUGACGAGCACGAUGAUACCCCAAUCAUACGGCGAUUGCUUGUGCUGGCAAGGAAUCCGCUCAUCGCGUCAAAGGUCCAGAAGCUUACCCACCGGUGCCAUCUUCCUACUCCUGGCAUCUUCAACGAGCUCCCCAGGAUGUUCUUUCACGCCCAAACGCUUUCACAAGACCCUCGCACUCGACGGCUGGUUCAUCUGGCGAUCCAGAACAUGGUCAAUCUGCAGACUUUAAGGAUCGUUUUUGGGCAUUGGCAUCUCACAAAGGCCUUGUUGGAGGGUUUCUUGGACCCAGCACGGCCAAGGCGCGUACCCCUCCGAAAGCUCUGGUUGGAAAGUGUGUCUCUAGAUAAUGCGGAAAUCGACUUUGGAAAUAACAUGGACCUCUCUGGACUAAAGAGUAUCCGGAUUCGGCGCCUCAGAGCUCACAAUACGAAUGAUGUCACCAUGUCCUUCCCAGAGUUCCAGCUCAAUCGCGGAGGACACCCAAUGAACAUGCACAACGGUGCUGGCGGCUACUACCAGACGACUGUCAGUUUUGGGGAAUUGCCAGGUCCGCAUAGAGGACGUAUACAUGACGUCGAGGCGCUCGUGAAGAUCGCGGAAGGGUUUGAUGACCAUAUUUACGAUGCUCUACCGGAAGCGAAAGAGUUCAUUGAGCAAUCCAUUCGGAAUCAUCCGAUACCGACAAGUAGAAGUGGUCGGACAUCCGCGAUACCUUUCAUUCGAAUACUGCAAAUGUCGACACAAAGUCUUACUAAUCUCAAUCUGGACUGGGUGUUAUGGCGUAGACUAGACUCGAGUAAGAGCCCUGAAGAUGAGCUUAAAGCAGUGGAGAUGAUCGACCUCUUAUCGAAGUUGAGGUUUCCUAACCUGCGAGCAUUUCAGAUGCGUAAUGCGGUUGUGCAACCCACUAAGCUACCUGAUGGCAAUUACCUUCUGGACCCGAACAACUAUGGCGCGACGCCGUUCCUUGACUUUAUAGAGGCUCACUCUAAGCUGCAGUGCUUAGCAUGGCCUAUGGAUAGAUUCUAUUCAUUGAGGCGAGUCCCCGCAAUUGUGGCAUAUAGAACCCGCGAGGUCGUCGCCCACCUAGGAAGGACUUUGUUGGACUUGAGAGUUGAUUCCUACUACGAACAACAAGGAGAGCCGAUGACUGAUGAGAGCACAACAUCCUCGGGUUUGGAGGCAAAGGCUCGCAGACGACGUUUUAUCGCCGAAUUUGCUCCACAACUGAUGAAACUGAAGCAGAUCAAGAUGGAAGGCGGGAUUCCGCGAGACGAGAAGAGAGAGACUAUCAGAGCGUUGCAUUAUUGUCCUUUGGAGAAGCUCGUCCUCAUCGGCGUUUCCUGCCCCAUCGGUAACACUUGGGGGUUGAAUGCUGAGGAUCUCAAAAGGAUUGAUGAAGGAGAACAUGAGUAUCCCGGAGUGUUGGAAGAGGAACACAAGGACUGCCUCCUUUCUUUGACCUACGGAGCUCCCACAGUGUCACGCGAUUUCAGAUUUGAGCCGGCGUACGGAUGGCCACCAGGCCCGCCCAUGAUGUACACCAUCGCCGCACACCAUGCCUCAACAAUCACAGAACUCAAAUUUUGUGGCUAUAACGGCUCGCCAAUCUUAUCGCAAUCGACCCCAAUCACACAAAGCCUGCUUUCGCAUCUCCGCUGCUUCCACAACCUAAAACAGCUCGUCCUCUCAAUGUGGAUCCUCACAUACUUCAAUCACGAAGACCGCGACGACGAGAUCAUCUCCUCCUGGCUGAAUACCCGCUCUUCCUCGUCCACGGCUUUGGUCGUCGUCACACCCGCUGGUGCGUCCCCGAACCCUUCCCCGACCAGUUCUCUAGAAGCUCCACCGCUCGUCGCGCCCACCGUCGCUCCAAACACCCCGCCCGACGGCCCUGCUCCUGAGUUCGAUAGAUGGGCCGUCCUUCUCCGCACUAAGUUUUCGCCCUCAGCUCUCGCCUAUCGCGUCGCAGCGGACAUUGGGCCGUACCUCAGCGAGCAAGCAAAGGAGAACCCUGGAGGCGUGCGCGUGCGUGCUAGCUUCUGUCUCGGGACCUCGACAGGAGACAUCUUCGACUUGGAUCUUAGGAUCGGGCGUGGUGAUCAGGUGCUCGAGUUCGUAGGGCCGCGAGAGGAGGGCGAGAAAGGCAGGUGGUGGGAUAAGCUGGAGGCGAGGAGGUGGUUCUAGGUGUGGAUUAUGAGUUUCACAAAUGGGUUAGCUACGGCGCUGUGAUGUUCAUUUUGGGUUUUCCUGGCCCUUAAGUGUGGCGGCAGCUAAGCGUUUUACCUUCGGAUGGAGUUCUUUGGAUGCGAUUCGGCAUGCAAAAAUAUGUGAAGGGCGGGACAUAUCUCAGUGGCGGAGAAGGGACGGCUUAAUGGGGAUAUGGGGGUCUACGGCCUUUCUUAAGUAAUUGUAAUAAGAAUAGAUCGAUUUAAUUGACUGUCGGU